GGUCAUUUCUUCAUAUGAGUAUUUCCAUCGAAUAGAAAAUAAAAAAUCCUGUCCGUUAUGGACAUUUCAUCUUUUUUUUUUUAACAUUCUAAUGGAGAACGGUUGACGAAUAUGAAAUUUAAAAUGGCCAUAAUAAAAAUGCAUCCUCUCUCUAAUCUCUAAGUAAUACCAAGAGAGUUUUAUCAUUUAACUAAUCAACUCUUAUUCUUAUCACAGAAAUCAGAAGAGAAUUAUUGUCUAGUUUUCAGGCAACAAAUCAAAUUAAACAAUCUCUAAAACAGAGAUGCUCAUGUGAUAUUUUUCAGCACCCCAUGGGGCCCAUGGGCUUUCCAUGCGCAGGGUUCCCCACAAGCCAAUUUUUAUAAAACCACUUUCCCCAUCUAUGGGGAGUCUGGGUUUUUGAACUUCAGCUCACCCCCGACCAUGGGCGCCCUUCGCCCCACCCAUAGGGCGAACAGAAAAGAUAAUUCAUUCAAAUUAUAUAUGACAGAAUUUCUUGAUCUGUUUUCUGUGACUUUUUAAAUUGACUUUUUUAAGAACAAAUCUAUUUAGUAAGUUGUUUAUAGUGAAAUUUCAAUUAUCAAGUGUAGAUUCAAAUCACUAAUCGAAAAUCUACAGACUGCAGACGUUUGACAUCAAUAAUUUAUAUUCUAGUGGCGCCUCUAAUACGAUUUUCUAGCAAUUUCUAUAAUAAAAGAUAACUUUUCUGCUUUUACAUUUUAUCCAUAAAAAACCAUUUUACUGGCGGUUAGAAAAUUGAAUAAAAAUACUUCAGAAAUCAAUAUUAAAAAAACAUAUAAUAUACAAUUCGAUGCAUCUUCAUCUCCUGAUUUUAAUAGUGAAAACUGCAGUUCUCUACCUUCUUUUUAUCAAAAGUUAUUUAAAAGAAAAUACUUGCUAGCAUUCAUGUUGUUGUAAUACAUGUGAACAAAAUAGAUCUUAUCGAAAUUUUAUUAUUAUAAUAUUAGUUGAAGUAUAAUCAUAUACUAUAGAAAUAUGGAGCAUUCUUUUCUCUAUCAAACUAUAUAGAGAGAAAGUUUCUUAAAACGUGUUAUAGCGAAUUACAGAACUUGCACCACUACUUUUGGUAUACUCUAAGUAUGUCACUGAUGGAAAGAUGAACACAGAAAGUAAAGAGAAGAAGUAAUGGCGGCUGGAAAAAUGAAAGAAAUAGUGAAGGUAACUAUAAAAUUAUAGAAAGAAAACGAAAAAGUGAAACGUCGUUUUCAUAUUAUUACUUGAAUACGAAAGAAAAACAACGAAAAACAAAAGAGAAAAUAUAUAGGAAGAACGUGUAACAUUCUGUAUUAUUUGUACGACGAUAAGACAAUUUUUACAAUCUCGUCAUCCAUUUUUUUCAAACGAUUUCAUAAAUGAUAAAAGUUCAUUUAGACCAUGGGGUUAAAAGACUGUUCACCCCAUGGUCCACCCCAUGGGUAGGGAAAUGAAUUUGCGAAAAUCCACCAUUGUGGGGAAAGGUGAUGGGGUAACAUAUCGCCCUACCCUCAUUUGGGGCGUCACCCCAUGGGUUCUCCAUGGGCCCCGACCAUCUGGAUGCCCCGACGAGCAUCUCUGUUAGUCACCGCCAUCGAGAGAAAGUCCUCAAAUGUAAGUCUCAGUUUUGAAUGGGAUACAUAUAUACCAAUUUGUAGAGCUCGAUGAACUGCUUCUCGUAGUAUGUUUUAUUUUUCUUCAUCGAACUUCAAAUGAGGAAAAACUAAUCGAUUUUACUAGUGAAUUUCUUCACUUUGGUUAAGUUUCAAGACAAUUGUUAGAAAUUUAGGACUUCGAGGGUACCUAAAGUGUAAAAGGUCAUAUUAAAAUAUAGAUAAUUUCGCAUGCAAUAAUCUAUUCUAUAUUAUUUUAAAAGAAUAGGAGAACAGUAUUCCCUUGUAAAACUCAAUGCCACCAUUGCUAUGAAUAUAAAUUGUAGAAUUAUUACACUUGAAGAUAUUUUAGUGGUACUCAGAGAAAACAUUGUUAUGUGUCCAGAAGUUGAAGCUUAACUUGUGCAAUCACUAUAUAACAAAUGAGCCAAAGAUAAUUCUUUUUGUUCUAUUGUCAUACACCCAUGACAGGCAUUUCUUAUUUUCUCGUUCUCUCUAGUAUAUUCUACUUGAUUAUCUCUCUCUCUCUCUCUCUUUUCUUCCUGUACUUUUCAUCUCUUAAAAUAUUUCUAUUAUCUUCUAAUAUUUUCGAGUGCAUUCUUUCUCUUUGUUUUGAGUUUGUAUAUAUACAUGGUAUUUGGAAAAAGGUGCAUGAAACAAGUUUUGAUCAAUAUUCUUUCAACCUUGACUAUUUCUUAACAAUUGCUUCUCUAUAACGAACGUUGUUAACACAUGUAAACUUAUACAUGAAAAGGCAUUAGAAAGGUCAAAUGUUCAUCUAACAAGUAUCACAGAAUAAGAAACAUCGAUAGCAACCAACCAGCUCGCUUCUGAUUGAAAGCUCUAUGAGGAAAAAACAGAAUAUACCAUGAUAAGCAGCUCGUCAAACUCUAAAAAUUGAUAUAUAUCUCAUUCAAAACUGAGACUCACACUUAGGCAUCUUCCAUCGUAUAACUUUAGCUAUUCACAUUGUUAUAUAGAAUAUUAAAAACAUAAUAUGGAAUACUUCAAGAAGAAAAUGAUUCAAAUAAUGCAGUUUUCAAGAAAAAUCCUUUACAUUUAAAACAGUUCGGUAAUGGUUAAAGUUACAAUUUCUUCUGUAAAUUAACAUUUCUCAGCAUGCAUAAAUGCUUUUGUUAAUACAUAAAUAUACAAUCAUUCCUUUUUUUUUACCAAUAAAUAUUUUACAAUCUGCACGAGAACAUUGAAUUCAAAAACAUAAUGAGCUAAUUAUACUUGUUCAAAUUGUUGAAUUGAAAUUAUUUUUGUUCGUUUUUAGAUAGAACAUAUUAUACAAUCACCUACACAACAAAUAAUUUUUGUUUUAAUUAUCUAUUCAUGUGAAAUAAAUUAGCCUUUCAUUAAUUGUUGCAUAGAAAACAGUUUAAAUUAAUUCCAUUAUGCAGAUUUUAUACAUUUCAAAUGCCUAAGAAAACUUAUGGUCAAUGUUUCGUAUGUGAUGAUGUUGCAAUUGGCUUAAAUUUUGGUGUACCAACAUGUAUGCCAUGUAAAGCUUUCUUUCGACGAAAUGCAACUAAACUUGGUACUCAUGAAUUUAUAUGUCAAAAUGAUGGUGAUUGUAUAAUAACAUAUAAAUAUCGUCGUUCAUGUAAUUGCUGUCGUUUGGCAAAAUGUUUUCGUGUUGGAAUGAAAAAAUCCUUAAUUCUUUCUGAUGAAAAACGUGAAGCUCGAAAUGAACUUAUAGCAAUAAAUCGUCUUAAACGUGGCCAAAUAUCUAAACCAGAAUGUCUUACAUGGAUGCAAUCACCAUCAUUACUUCGCAUGUCGUCAAGUUCAAUCCAAUAUCUUUCUUCAUCUGAUCAAGUUCUUCUUGCUAAUAUCUUUCAUGCAUAUGAAAAUACUUAUAAAUGA